AUGCCAUCCAAACCCCCUCCCCCCGCCCUCCCUCCCUCCAAAAUCCACGCCCUCUCAGCCAAAUACUUUACCCCAUUCUUCAAACCCCAGCGCGUCUACACCGAUCCCAAACCCCCAAGUCUCGCAUGGAGCAAGCUCCCCCCGCCCGCGGCGGAGAUUGAUGAGCGGCCGAGGGGGAGGGUGAGGCGGUUCCGGGUGUGGGGGCAGGCGGCGCCGGAGUUGAGGGUCGUUGUGCUUGAUCCGAGGAGGAGAGGGUGGUUGGUUCGGUAUCGGAGUUUUGUAGUACCAAGCCCGCCGGACGCUGAAUACGGCCGUCUUACACCUUCGAAACGACCGUUUGUGAUAGCGCCUCAGCCUUUUACACGUCCUUCCACCCCCGCACCCCUUACGUCCCCAAUACUAUCCAAAAAGGAACGUGCCCGCCAACACGAAAAGCUCCUAGAACACAAAUGGGUAUUGGACAUGGAACAUGAGCGGCGGUUCAAGAUUGGAAUGAUGACUAUGAUGAAGGUUGUGAUGUACUUUCAGGAGACGAAUACUACAGAAUUCUUCAAAGCCAUCCGCAAAAAUUCCAACAACAUCUUCUCCUACGUCGACCCCAGAUAUCUGGCGCCUGUACCGAUGCGCGAUGAGGUGCAUAAGGAAGUGAAGAGGUAUGAAAAGAAGGAGAAGAAGAGGAAGAAGAAGAAGGAGGAGAAGAAGAGGUUGGAGAAGGAGAGGUUGGAGAAGGAGAGGUUGGAGAAGGAGAAGGAGGAGAAGGAGAGGGUGUUGGUGAAGGAGAGGUUGAUGGUGAAGGAGAGGGAGAGGGAGAGGGAUGCUCGGAAGGCUGCUGUCAAGCUUGAUGCUCAAGAUCGAAAGGUCUUGACCAUGAGCAAAGGAUACGAAGACCUCCCAAUGGUCCGGGUAACCCGCUCCCGAGGAUCCCCUCGAUCAUCAGCCCCCACCUCCCCUCGGCCGAGUAGGAGCCCAUCAUCAUCGUCGGUGUUCAACGACCCUAUCCUGAAAGAAUCAAGGAAGCUUAUACAAGAGUUGCCAGAGACGGGGGAUGUUGAGAUUGCGCAGCUUGUGAUGAGUCUUUGUCGGUUGAGAAAUACGAGGGCGGAUCUUCUGAGGAGGGUUGAUGAGAUGGAGAGGAGGAAAGAACAGAUGAGGAGUAAUGAAGCCGAAGAUCAACGUAGAAGAGGUGAAGCCAAGAUCGAUCUCAUGGGAGCUCGUCGCUCUUCCGAGCGAGGCACCUCAUCAGUGACGAGUGCGACAGAGACAUUGUCCAAAGUCGAGAGUACGCCAAGCCCAUCUUCGUCGUCUCCUUCCAUCAUCGCCCCCACCCCCCGGCACGCCCGUCGUCCCCGUCACCACACCCGCACCCCAUCCCUCUCAUCCUCCUCCAUCCAGCUCCGCCCAGGCUCACUCAACAUCGACGACGAUACCGCCCUCCCUUCAUCCUUCCUCUUCCCUGAAAUGGAACCUGAACCUUCUAUGGCAGGAUCGGCUAUAUCAUUCCCGUACUCUGACAGGCAACGAUCUGAUGUGGAUAGUCUUCAUUCAAGAGCUAGUUUAUCGGAGGGGGAGGAUGGUGCUGGUUGGAAUACAGAGGCGGAUCUGAUCAUUGCGCGAGAAGGUGGUUAUGGAGAGUAUGGGACGUUGGAUGAUGGGGAGAUCUUGUACAACUUGACGGAGAGUGCGAUCACAAUUUGA